UAUGUGGUAUUGCCACCAACCGUGAAUCGUGUCGUCGUCCACCAACAGCUUCGCGUCUCACCUACCCACUCCUUUUCCUCCUUCAAACCAAUGUUUCUCCCCAAUCCUUCCCCUAACUAACAAACAAUAAACCAGACAACCCCCCUUUCUCAUCUAUGGCCUGCGCCACUAACGCUAUCUCUCUUUCUCUCUCUUCCAACCCCAACUCCAAAUUGUCCUCUGACUUCAUCCCCAAGCUUAAUAAGCCCGUCAAUGUUUCUCUUCGCGCUUCCACUUCCGCUGAGUUGAAUCCCGGACGACUUUUUCUCUCCAGACCCAUUGGACUCAGUCGCAGGAAUUGCGCCAAUGCAACUCCGGUGAUGGAUCAGUCGGUUGGUGAAAGGAGCUCUUCGGUCCCCACUAUUGUUGAGGUGGAUUUGGGUAAUCGGAGUUAUCCGAUCUACAUCGGCUCCGGAUUGCUUGAUCAGCAUGAGCUUCUUCAAAAGCAUGUUCAUGGGAAGAAAGUUCUUGUGGUAACUAACACUACAAUUGCUCCUUUGUAUUUGGAUAAAGUCGUUGAUGCGUUAACAAAGGGAAACCCGAAUGUUUCUGUUGAAAAUGUGAUACUACCUGAUGGUGAGAAGUACAAAAACAUGGAGACUCUCAUGAAAGUUUUUGACAAGGCCAUCGAGUCCCGAUUGGACCGGAGAUGUACAUUUGUUGCUCUUGGCGGUGGUGUGAUUGGUGACAUGUGUGGUUUUGCUGCUGCUGCUUUUCUUCGCGGUGUUAAUUUUAUCCAGAUUCCUACUACUGUUAUGGCGCAGGUGGAUUCUUCUGUUGGGGGUAAAACUGGCAUAAACCAUCCUCUUGGGAAGAACUUGAUUGGUGCUUUCUACCAACCUCAAUGUGUGCUCAUAGACACUGACACAUUGAACACACUGCCACAUAGGGAACUGGCUUCAGGUCUGGCAGAGGUUAUAAAGUAUGGGCUCAUCAGAGAUGCCGAGUUUUUUGAGUGGCAGGAAAAGAAUAUGGAGAAACUGAUGGCAAGGGAUCCUGAUGCAUUUGCUUAUGCUAUAAAGCGAUCAUGUGAAAACAAGGCUGAGGUUGUGUCACUAGAUGAGAAGGAAAGUGGAUUGAGGGCUACACUGAACUUGGGUCAUACAUUUGGUCAUGCAAUAGAAACUGGGUUCGGAUAUGGAGAGUGGCUACAUGGAGAAGCUGUUGCAGCUGGCACGGUUAUGGCUGUUGACAUGUCAUAUCGCCUUGGUUGGAUUGACAGUUCAAUUGUGAAACGGGUUAAUGACAUAUUACAGCGGGCUAAAUUACCUACUGCUCCUCCUAAAAACAUGACUGUGGAAAUGUUCAAAUCUGUCAUGGCGGUUGAUAAGAAGGUGGCUGAUGGGCUACUAAGGCUUAUCCUUCUGAAAGGUCCUCUGGGAAAUUGUGUUUUCACCGGCGAGUAUGAUAGAAAGGCCCUGGAUGAUACACUUUCUGCAUUUUGCAAGUCUUAAAUCCAGAUUUUAUUUGUUGAUCUGUUUUAAGCUUUACUUGCACAAUUGUUCUCCCAUAUCCUUGGAUGGUUUAUCUCAAUGGUCAUGCUAAUACUUUUUGUUGUACUCUUUCUCUAGGAUUCUUUCUUUUCUUGAGCUCCAUUGUCAGAAGGCUUGUACCAAGUUGUAAUGCCAGUAUUAAUGUAGUCAAUAAAAACUAUAUAUGCUAAAGUAUGUAUUUUUAUUAUUUGCUUACUUCAAUAAGAAUAAUUUCAUAAAUUACCAUUACAUUCUAUUGAUACUAAAAGAUGGCAUGGGGGAGAUUGGAGUCAAAAGUUUGGGCAAAGAGCCAUAUGGAUUGAGUGGUGGAGGAAAGCUAGAGAGGCCUGAAGAAGGAGAUGGCUCAAUUGGAGUUUGGGAGUGGAUAGUGAGCAUGUCCUUGAGCUUCAAGGUCAAGAGGGGUAUUUGUAUGGAUUUGACAUCCUUUUCAACGUGUUGUCCUUUGAUAGGUUUAUCGAUCUCUACCAUGGUUCCUUGUUGGGUCAGUAAUGCAACAUGAUGUGACCAAAUUGCAAGGUAUGUGGGUGAAAGGUGGUGGAUGUCUUGUCCAAGUGGCUUGAUAGUUAGAAGUAAUUGGUUUGCUUGUUCCUAGGACUUGACAGAACAAUUCUUGUAAUAUCCUGAAUUAGGGCUUAAUCGGAAUAGUAGUUUCGUGACCACAAAUUCGAGAUAGAAAUAA